CUGAGGAUUUCAGCACCAAGACGAACAAAAUGAAGAGUUUUCUUCUACUCGUCCUCUCACUGAUCGCAGGCUGCGACGCCAGAUCUGCAGUGAAGGGAUGCAUCAAAGCAUGGACUGAAUUCACAUGUAACAUCUCUAACACAACAGGACACUGUAGAAGAAUCAUCAUUACAUCACCAAUAGGAAUGACAGUAAUAAAUAAGUGGGAAAGGAAUGGCAGAAUUAAUCUUAUCAAAACUCUUCAAAUAGAGGAUGCUGGGAAACACACCUGUGAAUCUUACAAUACAACCAUUUAUGAUGCAAAACUGGAAUCAAAAUAUGAGGAAGACGUCUGCCUGAAACCAUUUAAUCAAACUGCGUACAGAACAGCCAAAACCACCAUCACGUGUCAUGAUAACAAGUCCAGAGUCAGGUUUUUCUACAAAGAGAAAGGUGACAUCUGUGAGGAAACAAGGUCAAAUGGGAGGUUCACUCUCACAGCCACCAACAGCAGCUUCAACAUGUCCAUCAGUAAUGUGUCCUCAAAGGAUGCUGGUGUCUACUGGUGUGGACUGGAAUCAAAAGACGGAAAUCAACAAACUGCCCUCAGACAAAUACGACUGGAGGUUAAAAAAAUUCCUAACUUCACAAGAUCCCCAAUGGUUGGAGAAACCCUCACAUACUGGUGUGAUUAUAGCAGUCACACUGCUCAUACUUACAAAUUCAUUUGUAAGGGAGAAGAUCCGUCUGUAUGUGAACGUCUAGUAAGCACCCAGGCUCACAAGAUGAACAACGGGAAGUUUUCCUUGAAUGACGACAGAUUGAAGAGAAAUAUCACCAUUACAGUGAGAGAUGUAACAGCAGACGACGCUGGGACAUACUGGUGUGGAGCAGAAAGCUUGAAAAAAGAACGCAGCAAUCCAUUCUUCCACAGAUUCAUCAUGACUGUAGGCGGGUUUGAAGUAACCGGCAGGUUUGAAGUAAUCAUUACUGGGACCGUUCUUGUAGCUGUGCUGUUGCUGCUGCUGCUUGUGCUUAUUUCGAUCCUUAUCUACAAACUAUUUUCACAUUCAAAAAAGACAAGACCUGGAGCAGCAGCGAAGCACGUCAGAGAGGAUUAUGUGUAUGAGGAGAUACAGAAGAGCCUCCCGAAGCCAGACACAGGAAAUGCAAUGAACUCGAUUUAUGUCACUGGCAACUUUCCCACAAACCCCUCUGCCUCGCUGCACUACUCUACCAUCAACUUUCAGAAAAGCUCUGACAAGGCUGGUGGUGAGGCACUGGUCCCCAAACCCUGCUCCUCUGCCUGCGAAUACUCUACUGUCAAGAUCAUCCAAAGUCCGACCCACUCGACAGUCGAUCAACCAUCCACAUCUACGGAGGACGCUCUCUACUCAACAGUCAACAAGCCAAAGCAGCAACAAGGAAAGAUCAGCUCUGUCAGGAAUAUUUGAAAUCUACAACAUCUGUGGACAAGAUUUCAGAUCACUCUUCUUUUUUUUUUUUUAAACAAUGAAAUCCAGCUCAGACUCAGGAAGCACAUCCAGAUAUUUAGAUGUUGGGCCUUCUCAAUCCCAGUUAGUGGGAGACACCGGAUUUGGAGGAUUGGAGUUAUUGGUGUUAUUUUUAUAUCAAAUCCCUUUUCAUUAGUUUCAUCAUCAGGUCAAAAUUUAAACUUGUCCAUAUAACGACAUUCCCUGUACUUUGGAUAUAGUGCAAAUUAGUAAAUUCCAUCUAAACAUUAGCAUUUUAGCAUUAUCAUUACGAACAUGUUAGCAUGCUAGAAUUAGCAUUUAGCUCAAAUCCUAAGUACGAAUGUGAAAUGCCACACCUAUUGCAUAGUGCGGUCACAAUUUUACACAAACAAUUCACAAAUGUUUAUUUAUGCGUUUUCAAAAUAUAAAUUUAUAAUAUAUCAUCAUCAGUUUUUAUUUAAAUGAGUUAGACAUCCCUAAAGCCUGCCUAUUGCAGUUUAUUCCUUGUGCACUGGUGCCAUGUUCGGCUGGUCAUUCAGGGCCGACAUCAGCCACGAGUGAAGUCGAAGGGACCGUCGCUGCUUAGCUUAGCCUGCGCUGGGGUGUAACUGUAGGUU